UUCCGAAUUAUUUUAUCAGAAACGAAAAAUUUGUUCGUUCACAUUGUUAUCGAAAAACAAAAUUGAAACAAAUGUCAGUAAUAACCGUUACGUUGUGCUUACUAGCUUGUAUAGCUACUGUGCUAAGUCGACCCGAAAUCAAAUCGAAGAUUGUUGGCGGCAAAAAUGCAGAGUUGGGCCAGUUUCCUCACCAAGUUUCGUUGCGAAGGAAUAAUAAACAUUUCUGUGGCGGAUCCAUUAUAUCGCCUCUCAAAGUUUUAACAGCCGCACAUUGCAUUAUUAACCUAUCAAUUUCACUGACCACUGCCGUCGUCGGUACAAAUACACUCAACUCAGGCGGUACAGCUCAUCCAAUUUUGAAUGUCUCUUACCAUGAAUCUUAUGACCCACGAACUGAAGUAAAUGAUGUGGGAGUAGUGAACUUAGCACUUCCAAUUCUAUACAAUCAAUACGUUCAACCCAUAAACUUAGCGACAUCAAGUCCAUCUCCAGGUGAAACAGUUACUUUGUCCGGUUGGGGCACAACAAGUUUUCCGGGUGACUUUCCCAACGACUUGCAGUACAUAAACCUUCAAACAUUGGACCUUGAAACAUGUGCUCAAUCGUUGCAAGGAGCCAGUCCAAUUACUACUGCUCAUGUUUGCACAAAUCCGCCGGAAGGUGAGGGAGCCUGUUUCGGUGAUUCUGGCGGUCCAUUAAUUACUGCUGAAGGCGUCCAAGCAGGUAUUGUGUCGUGGGGAGUACCAUGCGCUAGAGGUAAACCGGAUGCUUUUUCGAGUGUGGCAUUUUAUUAUAGCUGGAUUCAAUCACAUUAAUAUUUCAGUCAUGUAUAGGUGAAAUGAAUUUGUAAUAUACCGCACACAAGAAUGAGAGAAGCUCAAAAUU